AUGCUCAAUUUAACGGGCAUAAAUAGGCGGAUGCUACGAUUGGUGGCUCUUCUUAUUGCCUUGGGGCUAUGCAUUGCACUCGGUCUACAGUCUUCUCGAAGUUCUCCGAAAGAUACUUCCAUCGAGGCAGCCGAAAAUUUUGAUAUUGUGAAAGCACGCAGGAGUUUUCGGGCUCCGGCUUUCCAUAACUGGCCAGAAGAGCAUCCAGACGUGGCAAAAAAUAGCGCCAAGUUUUGGAAAAGGCUUUUGGAUACGCCAGUAUCUCAGCUUCCUCGAAUUUACAAGCAGUCAAAGUGGAUAAUUCAAGCGAAAAAAAAACUCAGGAGAACUCUCCACGAUCAAGGGUUAAGAAUCAACGAUGGUCAUACAGAAAGAUUACUUCAUGAAUUCCGAAAGGAGUCAAUGUUGGUCAGCCUGCUCGAACAGUAUUUUGUUGACCACGUGCGUAAUCUCAGAAUCUUUGGGAAGUAUAUUUCCACAAUCUCAGCUCCACCUGAAUUCAGAAGCAAAAAGUCAAAAGCCGUGAUUCAGUACCUCUUUCCGUGGCUCAAAAGCGAUGAUCGAAUUUUUGAAGAGCUUCUCGUCACCAAGGCAAAUGGCAAUGGGAUUCUAAUAACCAUUCUUAGUGACUCAAAAAUAAGCACGCAAAUCAACCGAGUGGCAAGGUUGAUCCGAGUGCUUCGAGUCCAGGGAAACAAGCUACCAAUUCAGAUUGCUUUCGCGGGUAGUAAAACUAUAUCACAGGAAAGGCUUGACUUGCUUACAAAGGCAGCAGAGUCCGACAUAAACGGAUAUCUAACGGAUGAAAAUACAGUGGAUCUCAACAUAGUUUACGCCAAACAGACGAUAACCUUCCUUAAUGUGAAUCAGUUUAUUGGAGAAGGCGUCGUCGUCACCGACAAUCUUAUAUAUUCUCUCGCAGUGAUAUUCAGCGAUUUUGAGAAUCUUGUGGUUCUACUCCCACAGACAAUCCCCAUGACAACAAACUUAACCUCACUUUUUGACAGCAAAAAAUUUCAGAGUCAGGGAAUGUUGUUUUUCAAAGAUCGCCCUCUGCUUGAUUCCAAACCGAAUCCAUUCCCUCCAGGCUUCUUUGAAGUCAACGAGCUAGUGAACAAAUUCGCAGCUGUGGAUCCUAAAGAAUCUCUAAUUUUUGGUUUCAAGUCGCCAAUCAAGACACACACGAACCGUGUCACCGAAUAUGGGUUCCAACGUCUAUUGGACCCGUCUAUGGCGGUCUUCAACAAACAAAAGUCCUUACUGGGUCUUUUUCUAAGCAGUGUGUUUCCAUUUCACUCGAUUCUUAAGCCCAAGUACGACAUCUCCAAUCGCUUCAACCCGGAGCUUCUUUGGUUGGGUCAGGAAUUGGCAGGCACUUGUGAUUAUGUACAUUUCAACAGAUUCUAUGCUUCUGCGCCUGGCGUUCUCACUCCAAUUGAAAAUCGCCCUGCUGAGUCGUAUGCUGAAGAACUCUGCUCGAGCUCUUGGUCUCAGAUUUCUGGCGAUAAUGAAAGUUUGCUCUAUGUGACCUCACACCAGCUCGAGAACCGAAAAAUACCACAGUUUGUAGCAGCUGUACAAGAAAAACUCACUACUACAAAUGUCAUCGGAUUUGGAGAAGUUGAGAGCGAUGAUUCCUUGGCCCAGCAAACUGUGAGUAAAAACAUCAUGUACAUACGAGAUGUACUCCAGCCCAUUCCUGUCGAAAAACCGCUUAUCAAUAAAGAGGGCCAGCCAUUUUUGCCGGUCAAGCACGUGAGUGACUUUGGCACAGUCAACGAUUACUGGUGCUCUUACGAUGUCGUUGGCAGUGUUAGCGAAGGUAACCGAGGUCUUGUUUACAAACACAAGAAAAAAGAUAUAGAGAGGUUUCUCAAGUAUUUGAACAUGUGGCUCCUGGAUCCGGAGCCAGGGUACAACUUAUAA